AUGUCAGCCCCACGAGCGCAGCAUUACAUUUCAUUUUCAUGCCUCAGCAGCAAGGGCGUUCACCACGGUCUAGCUCAAAGGGGAGAUAAGCUUGACAACCAAAGAGACAUGUCUGAACCCACGACCAGCGGCAGGGAUGAGGAACCCCCACGCUCGAGGCUGACUUGCACCAAUCGCUUCGACGCACUCUGGUUCUGUUACUCCCCCGUGUAUCAAAUGACAGUGUAUUACCAAGAUGGGGUCGUUGACAGUUGCACGAAGAAAUGGAGCGAGCUCUAUGAUUGCUUGAAACUGAAAACAAAAACUAGAGUUGAGCAAGAGGCCAUCCUUGAAGCCCAAGAGAAGGACAAAGAACCACUGUUCUGGACUUACAAAAGUAAAGAAGAGGCACAGAAAGACUGGAGGGAGCGUUUUGGUCACCUUCGAGAUGGUAGUGUGUUAGGGCAGUCAGAUCUUGGGAAUGCUUCAAGGCUUGGUUCGUCGUCAAGUUGCAUUUAGUGUUCAUCUUCUGGCAAUAAGUUGCGUCAAGAUGACAUGCUAGUCUGUAGAGAUUGACCUAAUAGAUUGUACCCUAUCUGCCGUUGGGCGUGGGCGAAGUAGGUAAACUUUCUGCAAAGUAGGUAAACUUUCUGCUUCUGCGUCAAUGAAGCAUUGACGUCACGGAAGCUUGGACUUAAGGUGCGUUUUCACGUUCUUUGUGGAUGUCCUCACCUUGCACAGUCCACGCCGAGCAAUGGCAUGGCGAACAUGGCAUUGCUGAUUGAUUGACGCCCUUAUACAGCAUUUAUUGGCCAUGGAGCAUGGUUCAU